AUGGUGAUUGUAUCCGUAAAUCCUUAUAGAGAAUUACCAAUUUAUAGUGCAGAAUAUGUGAAAAGUUAUAAAGGUCGAGAAAUUUUUGAACGUCCACCACAUAUAUUUGCGAUUGCAGAAGCUGCUUAUAAAACUCUCAAACAACGAAGUACAAACAGUUGCAUCGUAAUAUCAGGCGAAAGUGGAUCUGGAAAAACGGAAGCAUCCAAAGUUAUUCUUCGUUAUAUUGCUGCUGUUACAAAUAGUUCAAAUCAAACUGGUAUAGAACGAAUCAAAAAUAUUCUUAUACAAACAACAUGCGUAUUAGAAUCAUUUGGUAAUGCAAAAACGAAUCGAAAUGAUAAUAGUAGUCGUUUUGGAAAAUAUAUGGAUAUUAAUUUUGAUUUUAAAUUUGAUCCUAUCGGGGGUAUUAUUCGACACUAUUUACUAGAAAAAUCACGCGUCGUCAAACAACAAGAGGGUGAAAGAAAUUUUCAUUCUUUUUAUCAAUUAUUAUUCAAUGGUGAAACAACGAAAUAUGGUUUGAAAUUAAAACCGGAACAAUAUAAUUACAUAAAUCAGGGAAAUUGUUCAAAAAUAAAUAAAAUCGAUGAUAAACAUGAUUAUCAACAAGUAAUGCAGGCAAUGAAAAUUGUUGGUUUUAAACAAGAUGAAACGGAUACAAUAUGGAAAAUUGUUGCUGCUAUUAUACAUUUGGGUAAUUUACAAUUUGAAGAUCAAGAUGGUGAAUAUUGUCGCGUAAAAUCAACGACAGAUGGUGAAUUAUCAUGGUUAUCAAAACUAUUAUCAUGUCAAGAAUCUGAUAUUAGUUCAACAUUAACAAAACGAAUUGUAGCUACACAAAAAGAAAUUAUUGCAGCACAUCAAAAUACAACAAAAGCGUAUUACGGACGUGAUGCAUUAGCAAAGGCACUAUAUGAACGUAUGUUUAUUUGGUUAAUUGAUCAUAUUAAUCAAACAAUUAGCAUUGAUCCUGAAAAAUUGGAUUCCUAUUCACAUAAUAAGAGUUCUCUUGUCAUUGGAGUAUUAGAUAUAUACGGUUUUGAGAUAUUUACCAAUAACAGUUUUGAACAAUUAUGUAUUAAUUAUUGUAAUGAAAAAUUACAACAAUUAUUUAUUGAAUUAGUUCUCAAACAAGAACAAGAAGAAUAUGAACGUGAAGGCAUUACUUGGCAACAUAUCGACUAUUUUAAUAAUAAAAUAAUUUGUGAUUUAAUUGAACAACCACGUGUAGGUAUUAUUGCUCAUUUAGAUGAAGCAUGUUAUCAAGUGGGAAAUGUUACAGACGAAAUGUUUCUUGAUUCAUUAAAUAAAUCAUUAAAAACUCAUAAACAUUACACUAGUUGGGCGUUGAGUCCCGGUGAUAAAUUACUGAAAAAUAAUCAGAAACAUUUCUUAAUUCGUCAUUAUGCAGGUGAUGUUACUUACAAUGUUGAGGGAUUUUUGGAUAAAAAUCGUGAUACACUUUUUCAAGAUUUUAAACGACUUUUAUAUAACAGUACUAAUCCAGUGAUUAAAUCAAUGUUUCCCGAGGGUAAACAAGACAUAGGUGUAGUAACAAAACGACCACAAACAGCCGGAACUGUAUUUCGUAAUUCUAUGAUUGCACUUGUUGAUAUACUCUCGUCAAAGCAACCACUCUAUGUACGAUGUAUUAAACCGAAUGAAGAAAAAUCAUCGAAUCUAUUUGAUCAAACACGUGUAGAACAUCAAGUGGAAUAUCUCGGAUUAUUAGAAAAUGUUCGUGUUCGACGAGCAGGUUUUGCGCAUCGAACACCCUACACACGUUUUGUUCAGCGAUACAAAAUAAUUGAUACUGUUCGAUCGAAACUCUAUCCAAAAGCAAAGAACAGUAGCGAUAAAGAAAGUGCAACAUUUAUAUGCAAACAGCUGAAUAUUGAAAAUAAUGUAGCAUAUGGGAAAACAAAAUUAUUUAUUAAAGAACCGUAA